UAGUUAACAAGACUACAGAAAGAGUGAAAACUGAGGUUCUGGAUGGAGGUCUAAACAGCUUAAAUGGCAGGAAGAGAGCAUUUAAUUAAUCAGUUAGCUAAGAACCAAUAUAAAGUCUCCAUCCAUCCAUCCGUCUUCUAUACCGCUUAUCCUUUUCAGGGUCACCGGGGAACCUGGAGCCUAUCCCAGGAAACAUCGGGCACAAGGCGGGGUACACCCUGGACAGGGUGCCAAUCCAUCACAGAGUACAAUCACAUACACACUCACACACCCAUUCAUACACUACAGACACUUUGGACAUGCCAAUCAGCCUACCAUGCCUACCAUCUUUGGACUGGGGGAGGAAACCAGAGGAAACCACCGCAGCAUGGGGAGAACAUGCAAACUGCACACACACAGGGCCACAGUGGGAAUCGAACCCCCGAUCCUGGAGGUGUGAGGCGAACGUGCUAACCACUAAAUAUAAAGUCUCUUUCUUUUUUUUAAGCUACAGACACAAAGUGAGUGUUUGACAUAAGUAGAGAGACAGGCAUUGAAAGAAAAAGUCACUAUUGUGAAUCAUAAUUUAUUUUAUUUUAUUUUUUUAAACAGAAUGUGUUCCGUCAAGUAGGGUUGUCAUGAUGCCAUAAACAUACCUUAUGCUACUAUACCAGCUGAAGUAUCACAAUACCAAGUAUUAUCAUGAUACCAUGCACCCAAAUUUACCGAAAUACUUGGAUAUAAAUGAAAACAAUUUUCCUUUGAACACUUUUUUAAUGAGAAUGAAUUCAGUGUGCCACAAAUUUCAUCUAUUGUUCCCUGAAUGAAAUCAUGCUAAUGGAACUUUUCCUAGAGUAAACAUGAACACAACAUGAGGAAUAAAUAUCUUAAUUUGAACCCCAAAAAUAAAAAAAUGAAUUCAAUGAAAAAUUAAGUUUACAAAUUCAGUCAAAUAUUAAUUCAAAAACAAUUCAAAUACUCAUCUAAGAAGUUCAUUCACAAGAAGAAUUAUUUCAAAAUUCUAUUCUUUCUUAUUAACAUAAUGCUAGUGCCUUUCCAGUUCAGUUGUCCAGUUUCUUGACCUGGUGCAGAGUUUUGUCAAGAAACACAAACAUAUUCACAUGAUGUGAUGUCAGCCUUGCAUGGAGAGAUGAACAUAUGUUGCCUGAUGCACAACUUGCGGUAGAUAUAAACCAGUAUCUCCGUGCAAUCAUUGACAGGACUGGAAAGUUGCCCUCAUGUAGUCUCCACCAUUUGAGUGAGUCGUCUUCUGCCUCUGUCUUUGGAACUUUGUGGAAUAUUUCCAACAUAAACAGUCAAAUAAUCAAACUGUGUGCAUAAUUAGUGUUGUAAUUAAGUUCAUAUAUACAGUACACAUAUACAUAAAUGAAGUGAGUGUGCUGUAAUCCUACCUGUGGUUCUGCGGAGACAUUAACAUCAUCCUCUGUUGUGUGAUCACACUCCCUGCCAAAAGUCCCCUUAUACCUGACAUGGGACACUUGAAUAACGGCUGCUUGAAUGUGAAGUUGUGUGUAACUCUUCCUGUUUGUAUCUACUUUGCAAAUCACUUCUUAUGCAAUCCUUGAUGUGAAACCUUAGUUGGCUGUCAGUCACAGAUACCAUUAAAAUUUAUUACAUUUUCCUCAGCAGUGGAAGGGGAUGAGGCUCUCCAGAGUACAUCAAUGAAAUCCCUAAGAGGACCAAGAAUAUUUUUCAGUGCCUCCAUUGUAGUAAUGUCAGAUUCUGUAGGCAAGAGGUGACACUUAUUUCUGUUAACAGCUAAUACUUCACAAACAGCUUUCUGUUGUAAAAAGUGAUCCACCGUCAUAUGCUGACCCAUCCUGCCAUGUGAUGUAUAUGGAGACCCUACUGCUCUCCCAAAAUCUCAGUAAAGACCUCACUCAGGCUCUCUGCCAUGUGGUCACUAUUAAGUUCUGCACAGCCCAAGAACCAUGAUUGCAUGUGCCAAUCCUUUGUUAUGAGCUGAGUAGUUACAGCUAUGUAGGACUGUUUUCUUCUACUAGUCUCUGGACCUCUGGGUCUGUUGUACAUACGUAAAAUCCAGAUCCUUGAAGUUCUGCUUUUAUUGCCACUCUAGUUUCUGUGCACAGUUUUGGUAUUUCAGUGUCCAUGAAAAAGUUUCUGCUAGGCAGCUUAUAUUUGCUAUUGAGUUGCCUUACCAGUUGUUUAUAUCCAACCCUUUCCACUGUAUUUAUUUGUAUUUAGUAGAGAGAGAUAGUUUGUAUAUAUUGUAUCCUUUUUUGUUUGUGUUGACAUAAUAAUGUUGAUAAUGAUAUCAACCUAAUAUUGUGUGUAAUUUAAACUGAAAUUUCUGCCUUAAUUGAUUUAAAACAAAAUUUAAGUUGUAGUACACUUACAUUUACAUUUAUUCGUUUAACAGAUGCUUUUAUCCAAAGCGACUUACAAAUGAAAGAAUACAAGCAAAACGAUCUAUAAAGCAGACAACAAUACAAGUAGUGCUACCAUGCAAAAUCUAAUAAUUGAGUUCUAGAAGAAAGUAGUAACGUAACGAAAUUGGCUUGCUAACUCCAAGUCACUAAUGUCAAGUCCCCUACACUACCAUGUAUCAUGUCUGGACAUAUUCAAACAGUUAAGACUGUGUUAGAGGACCUGUAGACUGAACAAAUACUAUACUAAGGAUGUUUCAGUGUGAGUAUAAUUUCACUUACAAAUAAAUUCUACUGAAUUUGGGACAUAUUCUCAAUUGUGAUAUGACCAACAGUGGACUUGUGUAUAGGCUACACCUGCUAAUACAGCUGAUGGACCAUUUUUCACUACUACACGUAGCUAAUGCUAGACAUAUUUAGCAGUGUAAUUUGAAAAUCUACUAUUUAGUUUACUGUAGCAGUGGAAAAGAAUGAAAAAGUUGCAUUUGACAAAUCUGCUCCCCUAGAAGAGGGCUUUUCAUUUGUGCUAUAGGAAAAAAAAGAAUAUUUACAUUUCUGCUUAUUCGUGUAAACGUCAACUACAUUGUGUAAUCUAAUUUCAUGUAUUGAUACAUUUUUAUUUUUUAAUCUUUUGUCAUUCACACAUAUAGCCUUCUAUCUCCAUUGUAGUCAGUUCUCUCUUUGAGCAAAAUUAGCAGCCUUUGGACUGUGGAAAGUUCUAUGAGAUAGUUCUAUGAGUAAUAGAUGCAGAGUGUUUCUUUUUUUUGUCUAUAUUGGUCAUUUUAUUCAGUGCUUUUAUGUCUAUAAAACCUGCAGAGAUGUUAGGUAUGAGAUUUGUAUUGUAAACUACAUGUUUUUUUUUUUUUUACUUACUAUUGUUAUACAACUUACAAUUAGUCAUUUUUCCUGGUUUAAAAGGCUUUAUUGUACUGGAGAAAAUCUAAAUGGAGCAACAGAAUUUUAAAAAUGAUUGUCAACUUAACAACUUGUGUUCAUGAUUAUUGUAAUUAAGUACAUAACACUUAAAUUCCUUUUAAAUUAAGUGAAAUUAAAGUGUGUGUGUCUGUGUCAUAUUUUUGGUUGGAUGUGUGUGUGUGUGCGCAUGUGUGUCAUAUUUUAAGUUGGAUGUGUACAGAAAUUCAUUAUUAAUCAUUUACUUAUUUUUUCAUCAGCCUUAUGUAUGAAUGUACUGUGUACUAUGUACAUGUACUAUGUAUGAAUACGUUCUAUGUGAAAGAACUUGUGUGUUUGUAUGCGUGGGAAUGCAUCGGAACCUGAUUUAAAGUUUACUACUGAUAAUAUUCAAUUAGCUAUGGCCUAAAUAUUUAAACAGGUGUCUUUUGUUCUGAUUAGUCAGGGGUAUUUUCUGUGUGUUCUGUGCACUGGAAACCGGAUUUAAAGUUUGCUACUGAUAAACUGGUAGUCUUUAACUACAUCUGUCCAAUGAUGUUAGUGAUGACCUUUUUUGACCUAGACCUAUCUUCUGUGUGUGUGUGUGUGUGUGUGUGUGUGUGUGUGUGUGUGUGUGUGUGUGUGUGUGUGUGUGUGGUGGUGAACUUUUUUGACCUAGGCUUGUCAAAAUCAAUGAUUAAUCUAUAGCUAAGAAUAUGGAACAAUAGAUAUCUUUAACUACAUCUGUCCAAUGAUGCUGGUGAUGAACUAGACCUGUCAAAAUAAAUAUGAUUUUGCGAUGCACGCUCGCCUCACACCACCAGGGUCGGGGUUUGAUUCCUGCGGCUCUGUGUGUGCGGAGUUUGCAUGUUCUCCCCGUGCUGAAGAUGGAUGGAUGAAUGAUAAUGAUCUUGAACUUGACCUAAGACUAAUAAUAUAUAUCUUUUUGACCUUUGACUUAGACCUGUCAAAAAUAAGGUUACAAUAUAUACAAACUAUCUCUCUCUUUUAGUCAAUGCAAAUGAUCUGGCCACUACUGCUUACAGUUUACAACAGCUGCUUCUUUGGAUGUUGCUUCAUACUUAUUGGCAUUCUCAAAGAGGCUGUCAGUGGUGUGUUGCAACUUGCGGGUAACAGGUGGAGCUGUCUGGCUAUGGGCAGCAUGGUUCUGAUUAUGAAAAAGAUCAGCACAGAAUUCACCAGACUUGUGUCGAUGGACCUGAGCAAGUCCUUUUAUGAGAGUCUUGACAAAUAUGACUCAAAGCUGCUGUAUUUGUACCACUCAAGGCACUAUGCAGACAUCGCAGAAAUGAGUGCCAUACUGGAGAGCCUGGAUAAAAAUGCAUCAAAUCACAGGAAGAGGGUUGCAGUACUUCUGGGUCUGCCACUGUACAUGCAGGAGAAUCCAUCUCACUUCUUAAUGUUCUGUGAGCACACAGAUUCUGAAGAAGCGAUAAUCAAGGGCAUGACUGUUGGAAUCAUUACAGUUGUGGAUGAUAUGAUGGACCCUAUUCUGUGUGACUACAGUGAUGUAGCCCUUGUAAUCGAAGUUGUUAUUGUUCUACGCAAUAUUGGUGAUGUACCAAAUACAUUUGUCAACUUGAUGGGAUUGCUUUAUGCACUUAACAUAAACUACUCCCAAAACUUCAAAUACACCUUUGAGGUCAUUCAGAGGCUGUUCAUGAACAUUGGAGCUGAUGCCUGCAAUGUAUGAGUACAUUCACUUAAAAAUAAACUGCUGAAGUAGAGAUAGGUGUUAUGCAUUUCUUGUAAGAGAAAUGUCAUGUGUUGUGUUAUGUGAAUGUUACAGUUUCUAUGCCUCAACAGCAUGAUUUCAGUUUUGUUUUAUAUUUUCACCUUUAAACACUGGGAAAUUGAAAUGUAAUUUUGUUAGGCAAAAAACAGAUUUCUGCUUGCAUUUUCUGUUUGAGAAAUUCAUGUAAUUUAAUUUAUUUAUUUUUUGUCUCUCAAAUUGAUCUUACCACAAUAUUACAUUUUUAACCUUUUGCUUAAAGAGUUCAAAGAAACACUGGCUAUUGUAGCUCUGGAUAUUUGAACCUGUUUGACUUGAUCUGUAUUUAUUUGUAAAUUUAUAAGUGAAACAAUUGAUAAA